AUGGGCGUAGACUCCCUGAUGAACAUUGUUCUCGUCUCCAAGAUCAGGGCCGAAAAGGACAUUGAGAUCUUGGCGACCAAGUUCCGUCAGUGCUUCACGUUGAAGCCGCUCCCGCUCCCCGCUACCGCUCCCGAGGACUCUGUCGCCGAGCACACCGACGUCCAGACAGGUCCUGAAGCUUUGCCAGACCGGCUGGAGGACGACGGUUGGGGAGACGACGACGACAUGGGGACCCCGCUCACCAAUGCUUCUACUCCGGUAGACAUCUCCCGGCCUGAUUCGACCGAAAGCGAUAUGUCUCUCAUCGACUUCAAGGUGCCCAAGCCCAUGAUGAAUGUGCCGCUAUCGGUGAUAGGCGGCGGCGUAGAUGACUUCAACUAUGUUGUCGAGGACUUCCUCAUCCAGGGUGAAGAGAAGGAGGGCGUGCCUUACCUGUUCCUCUUCCCGGACGGCUCCGGUUUAGUCACUUCUUUCUUCCAACUGCCGGAUCUGAGCACCACCAAUCUCUGCGUAUACGGACUGCACUCCCCGUGGGUCAAGAACCCAGAAGACUUUACGUGCACCAUUGAGCAAGCGACCAACCUGUACCUGGCCGCAAUCCGAGCACGCCAGCCGCGAGGCCCUUACCUCCUCGGCGGAUGGUCGUCUGACUGUUAUUACACCACUCGAUCAGAACAAGGGGAAAAUUCUCGGACGAACAAUACAGAGAAAAGUUCUUUUGAUUUUCAUCCUCCAUACUGA